AUGUUAUUAUCGCAAUCAAACAAUAUUGUUCAGAGCUUGGAUACGAUUCAUCCUGUACAAUUCUCUAACGAUGCAGAAAGAUUUGCUGCAAAGGAAUCCGCGCGGCGUUUGCUGCAACGCCUCGAAACACCUUUUGAGCAGGGAUGGAGGCUUUCAUUCGAAACUCCUGUUCUCAUUGCGGGGGUUCAGAUGAUUCUUGACCUUGGUAUAUGGAAGAAAUGGACAGAGAACGACAAGCAGAAUCCAGGACAGGCUGUCACGAUCCACCAGCUUAUAAAGUGGGCGAAUGCAAACGUGGACGAAAACCUUCUACGUCGCUUUUUGAAACAUCUCGCGGGACUAUAUAUCCUCGAGGAGACUGAUGUCGACACAUUCAAGCCAACACCGUAUUCUUUAUCCCUUGGUGAUACUGUUUCCCACACGGACCAAAUCACCCAAUGUGGUACAGACCACACCAUUCCAACUGGAAUCAAUCUUCCUCGGUUUUUACAGAAGUAUGACCACCAAGAACCAGUCGACAAGGCCAAGCUGGACAACUACACCGACAUGACUGGUGGCACUGACUUCUUCGCAACGUGCGCAUCCGAUCCAGUCGGCAAAGGAUCUAGUUUUAUUGGACUCAUGACUGCGCUCCGAAACCACAAGAUGCCUUGGACUGAGGUUUACGACACGACAGAACUGGUCGCUGGUGCAGAUCUCAAGGCUGGCAAUCCUUUAUUUGUCGAUAUCGGAGGUGCCCACGGCCUGGACACCGCGCGCCUUUUGGAGAAACACCCAGACCUUCCCUCAGAUGUAUUGAUACUUCAAGAUACCCCUGAAGUGGUUGCGAUGAACGUGGAAAACCUCGACCCGCGCAUCAAGAAGCAAGCUUAUGAUUUCUUUACUCCGCAGCCGCAGCUCCACAGCCGCGCGUACUUCUUCCACGCUGUGCCGCACGACUGGCCUGAUGCAGACUGCGUGCGCAUGUUCUCGAACGUGAAGACUGCGUUCAAGCCGGGGUAUAGUAAGCUGUUGAUCUAUGAGGUUGUCUUGCCCAAGAAGGGAGCGACGAGUUUGAUGACAACGUUAGAUUUGCAACUCAUGAACUGUACAAGUGGAUUGGAGAGGACGGAGGAACAUUGGGGCAGGCUUUUGGAAGAGGCAGGGUUCAAGAUUGUGGGGAUCUCGAAGCAUCCGAGGGCAGUUGAGAGUGUGAUCGAAGCCGAUUUGGCAUAA